AUGAAACGAGCGCUAUGGCACUGGCAUCAAAAAGGAUGGCGUCGAACUGCAGUCAUCAACACGAUAUGCAUUUUCAUCUUCACAGUCCUUACUAUCAGCCUCCUGGCCUGGAGUAGCUCGCGAUCUGGCAGCGUCAAUGCCAGCCUUAUCCUCUACAGAGGCAAUUGCGCUACCAGCAAAAAUAUCAACUUAUGGCUACAUUUGGUUCUCAACGUCUUCUCGACCGGCGUGCUGGCCUCCUCCAACUUCUUCAUGCAGGUCCUCAGCUCGCCAUCCCGGAGCGAAGUGAAUGCUGCUCAUAAAGAUGACACGCCUCUCGAGAUUGGAGUCCCCUCCCUCCGAAACCUCUUUUAUAUCUCCUAUUACAAAAAGGUUUUAUGGGCUCUUUUCCUCAUCAGCUCCGUCCCGAUCCAUUUGUUCUUUAACAGUGUCAUCUUUGCCACUGAUUAUCAGGGAGGGCAUUGGCACCUCACCAUAGCAUCGGAAGAUUUUGUCAAUGAGGCACAGUACUUUCAACCGGGUGCAAUGCUGCUGCCUGCCGGUGUAAGCGAGGGAGUAGAGGGCUUCGGGCAACUUGUACCCGUCACCGACUACUUUAAUCCCGAAUCGAAUGCGAGCCAGUAUAUUUCAUCCACGGCGAGAUCAGCCCAGACCUGGAAACGGAUCGACGUACCCGAAUGUCGAUCGCAGUAUGAAUUCUGCUCUGCGCGCACCACAUACGGCGAUGUAGUGAUGGUGGUCGAAUCCCACGAUCCUAUUUUCAUGUUUAGCCAAAACAACCGCCUUGGUUGGACGCGGGAUGGCAUCUUUGGGCCUUUGGACCCCGAUUCAGAGGAUCUCUGGGGCCCUCAUAUACCCGCUUCUGAGAGCAACUCUCUCUGGUUUGCCGCCAAUUGCAGCACAACCGCAGACCUCAACCCCAGAACGCAUCGGAUUGAGGGGUGUUUCCAGACCUGCAACCGUGCCUACGGCCAGCAAGAUGCCGGUGCUGAACCUCUUUCCGCAGACAAUAUACAGUCGAAUCGCACAUUUAGGUUCCUGGUUAGCCAGUCCGCUAAAAUCCCCGAAGUCAGAUAUAACGAGGUUCUAGAUCUAAAAUUGAAAUAUUGCCUAGUUCAAAAAGUUGAACCCGUCUGCAAAGUCGGUCUAUCGAAUUCGAUCCUGCUGACUGUGAUCAUUUGUGUGAUGAUAAAAACAUGCUUGUGCAUAUUCAUGCUGGCCAAACCUCUAUCACAGGAGCCCUUGGUUGUGCUCGGUGAUGCCAUUGCCUCUUUUAUAAUCACCCCCGAUGAGCGGACAGCUGCAAGGUGCACCCUAAACCACUCUUCGACAACCAGUAUCUGGGCAGCGCGUCCAAUUAAUGCCCCCCAGCCCCAGCCCCAGCCUCAGCGAUGGCAUCACCGUAAUUGCCGGUGGUUUGCUGCUGUAUCAAAAUCUGCAUGGAUACGAAGCUAUAUCAUUUUUGCAGGUGUGAUCGCUUUCGUAGGUGCCAUGCUUGGUUCCGCACAAUCUUCCAAUCCCCUCCAACGCAAGCAAACCCUUUCACACAGCCCUACCAAUGGCCUUUUUAACGCCAAUGGAUACCGGGGUGCGGGACUGAGGAUGGCCGCAUUACAGGCCAACGCACCGCAAUUGCUACUGUCAUUCUCAUAUUUUGUGUACAAUUCGCUUUACACUAGAAUAUGCAUUGAGAAAGAGUGGAACAAGUACAGCAGGGGCUAUCACCCAUUGCGCGUCACCCGCCCUCAGGGUCAGCAAAUUUCGACCUACCGACUACAGCUGCCGUAUCGGUAUAGUAUUCCGUUGAUUGUCAUUAGCGUAUUGCUACAUUGGUUGGUGUCAAACACGCUCUAUGUUUUCGUCCUUGAAGGAGGUAAGUAA